CUAAAACCCGUUUGUUCUGCAGAUGAAUAACGAAAGGCAACCAUUACUGGAACAUAUUGAUUGUUCUAGUUAUGACACUAUUACAUUUGGGGUGACAGCGGAAGCAUUAGAAAGUUUAGUAGAAUCAAAAGAUAAAGACUUGUUAAUUGAAAUGGGAGGAGUGAAAGGUAUUUGUCAUCGAUUAAAAGUGGAUACUCGUACUGGAUUAUCUCCUGAUGAAGGUGUAACUCAUUCUUCAAAAUUACCCUUUGCAAGUCGGAAACGGGCCUUUGGUGAAAAUAUUCUUCCUCAUGCUCCUUCAAAAACUUUCCUAGAAUUAUUAUGGUCUGCUUACAAUGAUAAAACUUUAUUCAUGCUGACAAUAGCUGCUUUUAUCUCUUUGGGUAUUGGUAUAUGGAAAGAUCAUACUGAACAAAAUCCUCCUGAUGAGCCUAAAGUCGGAUGGGUUGAGGGAACAGCUAUUAUUGUUGCAGUGUUAGUAGUUAUAUCAACAAAUGCCAUCAAUGACUAUCAACGCGAAUCUCAAUUCAAAAAACUCAAUGCUAAGCACCAUCAAAAUCAAUAUAUCAAGGUUUUAAGGGGUGGAAGAGUACGACGACUUCAUGUACAACAACUCUGUGUAGGUGAUAUUGUUGACUUGGAACCAGGUGAUGUGGUACCGUUUGAUGGACUCUAUUUAUAUGGUCAUGACUUGGCUUGUGAUGAAUCUGCUUCUACUGGUGAAUCAAAAACGGUGAAAAAGCAUAGUGACAACCAACCAGGACUUUCUUCUGUUGAAUGUGAUUGUUUCAUCAUAUCAGGUUCAAAAGUACUUCAAGGUGUAGGACGUGUGGUUGUAGUAGCUGUUGGUGUGAACUCUUUUUUUGGCAAGAUAUUGGUCAUGACGAUAACUGCAAACCAUCAACAACAAGUUAUGACUCCAUUACAACAAAAACUUGGUAUAUUAGCAAAUCAAAUCGCUUGGUUUGGAUUGGCAGCAGCUAUUGUGAUUUUUUCUGUUUUGGUGAUCAAGUUCUUUAUCAUGGCCUGGUGGGAUCAUUCUCUACCGGAUAAUAGUACUAUUGCUGUCUUUCUUAUAAGUACUAUCAUUGAAGCUAUUACGAUCAUUGUGGUGGCGGUUCCAGAAGGUUUACCAAUGGCAGUGACUUUGGCUUUGGCUUAUGCAACAACACAUAUGCUGAAGGAAAACAAUCUGGUUCGAAUAUUGGCAGCAUGUGAAACUAUGGGUAGUGCUACAGCUAUUUGUUCGGACAAGACAGGUACGUUGACGAUCAAUAAGAUGACUGUUGUACAAGGCACUUUUGGUGAAGCUUCUUUCGAUAUGAAUGAUGAAAACUACAACUACAACUACACCAACAACAACAACAACAACAACAACAACAACAACAACCAUGAAAAUGACGGCAAUGACAAUGAAAGACCUCCUACGCUUUUCAAUCAACAUCAUCUUUAUCCAUUUACAGAUCAAGUACGGCAAAUCAUCAAAGAAGGUAUUGCAAUCAAUUCGACAGCAUAUCCAAAUCAAGACGAUCAAGGAAAAUGGCAAUAUAUUGGAUCUCAAACGGAAUGUGCUUUAUUGGAAAUGGUGGAUCAAUGGCAAGAUCUAUCCUCGGUGGAAGAUUGGCGACAUAAUGCGAUCAUGAUCAAAGUACAACCUUUUUCUUCUCAACACAAAGCAAUGAGCAGUAUUAUUCAGCUUACACCACAUUCGGCACCUAAUCCAUCCAACUCUCUUGAAAACAACAAGUACAAGGAAGACAUUAUUUAUCGAUUACAUGUAAAAGGGGCACCUGAAGCUAUCUUGGAAACAUGUACACAUUAUAUGGAUGAAGAAGGACAAAUUCAUUUGUUAGAACCGGAAAAUCGAAUGAUAUGGGAACAAAUCAACAAAAGAUAUGCUCAACAAGCUUUACGAACAAUUGCAUUGGCUUUCCGUGAUAUGAAACCAAGUGAUUAUGAUCUACUGGUCAGUGAUUCAACUACAACAAUAACAGGGACGACACCAAUGUUCGAACAUCUGAUACUAUUAGGUAUAGUCGGUAUACGAGAUCCUCUUCGACCAGGUGUAGUAGAAUCUGUCAUUGCUUUUCGUCGCGCAGGUGUUUCUGUACGGAUGAUUACAGGUGACAACAUACAUACAGCCAAAGCAAUUGCAACCAAUGCUGGAAUAUUGACUGUGGAUGGUGUGGCACUAACCGGGGCUGAAUUUCGAAGGAUGACUGAAGAACAACAAUGUGAUGUGGUGCAUCGGUUACAAGUACUGGCAAGAUCUACUCCUUAUGACAAGAUGACUGUAGUGGCAAGAUUACAAAAACUAGGACAAGUAGUGGCGAUGACAGGGGAUGGUACCAAUGAUGGCCCGGCUCUCAAACUAGCAGAUGUUGGAUUCAGUAUGAACUUGGCAGGCAGUGAAGUAGCAAAGGAAGCUUCCGAUAUUAUUCUGAUGGACGACAACUUCAAUUCGAUUCUCAAGGCACUAUUAUGGGGACGAUCGGUUAAUGAUGGUAUAAGUAAAUUCUUGACCUUCCAACUUACGGUGAAUGUAGCAGCUGUUCUUUUAGCAUUGAUUAGUGCGGUGACGUCGGAAAGAUCUGAAAGUAUUCUCGGUGCUGUGCAGUUAUUAUGGAUCAACCUUAUCAUGGACACUUUGGCGGCAUUGGCAUUGGCAACGGAACCACCUACAGCAGCUCUCUUGGAUCGACAACCUAUUCCAAAAACAGCACCGGCGAUUGAUGGUGGUAUGGCGUAUCGUAUUGCAACUCAAGCUUUUUUUCAAGUUGGUGUUAUAUUGAUUAUUAUGUAUCGUAGUCCUGUUUGGUUUGAAUUGGAUCCUCUUCAAAAACAUGAUUAUUUGGUGAUACGUACUUUGGUCUUUAAUACAUUUGUAUUCAUGCAAUUCUUUAAUGCUAUCAACUGUCGACGUGUGUAUGGAACUACUUUGAACGUAUUCAGUCAUUUGGAACGGGAUUGGCUUUUUCUGGCUAUUGAAAGCCUGAUUACUAUUGUACAGGUGAUGAUUGUGAUUUUUGCUGGAUCUGCUUUCAAGACAACACCUCUGUCAUCUACGCAAUGGAUAGUCACUGUAUCUAUUGGAUUCUGCUCCCUUCCUGUGGGUUGGCUCUUUAGUGCUUUGGCAAAAAUACCUCACUUUCAACAAUGUGGAUAUCGAUUUUGGCAUACCCUUUUUCCAUCCUACGAAGAUGAUGAUGACCCAACCAAAACAAUGACAACAACAACAGCAACACUAUCAAAUCGAGAUGAUCUUUCUUCGACAACUGUAUGAAGGCUUUUAUACGUAUAUUUUUUAGAUGAUUGGAUAGUUAGGGUUGUUUAGUGGGAUCGGCUUAUUAUUCGGUUUUUAUUAUUGUAUGA